UUUGGUGUUGGAGGGGACACACCUGUUGAUGGGGCUUCAACAUCACUAUUGCCGCUUGAAGUGGAGCUGGAGAUGGAAUUUAGAUCAGCUUUGGAAUACACUCGAUGCUUUAAUCCAUCCGGUCCUAUGAUAAUAACAGUGCCAUCCUUCGUCCAACACUUGUUGACUCCAAAGCGUUGCCGAGCAGUUUGGAACAACAUAUGCCGGCUUUUUGUUAAAAAUUCAGACAACGUAAUUCCUGAUCCUUUUAAUGUCUUCUUCGAGUACCACACUUUGUCUCGAAGGGAAGCCUCUCUGAAUUUAACCAAUAUAGCUCUAGGACGAUCGGGAUUAGGCUGUCCCAAGCGAUGCGUGGAAUACCAUGCACAAGUAAUAUCUUCCGCCGUGUACGCAUCUCCAACUCAUCAGAUUGCCUGGACAAGAGCUCCACUUGCCGCUGAAGAUUCUCCAAUGCAGUUAAAACAAACAGUUUGAAAGCAUCAAACUGCAGGUUAAUAUUUGAAGUCGAACCUGUAGCGCGGACUGAUGUUGAUGUUUUCAGCUCAUUUUGUAAUUCUGACAUUCUUGUGUUGAAUUGUUCAGCUAAUUCAGCAAGUGAGUGCUUAACUGAGUCCAUAUUACUUGAUUCUUGUAAUCCAGUACAGGUAGUUUUAAAUACAAUUAUAUUUAUUACUGCUGCUGCAGUCACCAAAUGUAUUUAGGUGAAAAAUUAUAUAUGUGCAAUCACUUUAGUAGUAGGCUGGCAGGAAUAGGAAUAUUCACAGAUGCAUUCACGUAUAUAUAUUAAUUAAAUUUAAUAUUUUUAUCAGAAACAACAAAAA